AUGGAGGAUUUUAACAAGUUACCAGAAGAGGAAGCAGCUGGCAUAGAAACAGAAGGAGAUGAGAAGGAAGAAAAUGACCCUGAAAGCAACACGCUUCAUCGGCCUCUGCUCAAAAGAAAUCGAACAUUUUCUUCGAGCCCGCUUGCCAUAGUUGGGGCGACGGUGUCUCACGUGGAGAGCUUGGACUACGAGAUAAAUGAAAAUGACCUGUUCAAGCAAGACUGGAGGAGCAGAUCACAAUUUGAAGUAUUACAGUAUAUCUUCUUCAAAUGGCUGCUGGCAUUUCUUGUUGGGCUUCUAACAGGACUUACAGCCACUCUCAUCAAUCUAGCAGUUGAAAAUAUUGCGGGCUACAAACUGCUCGCUGUGGUCCGGUAUAUCGAGCAGGAAAGGUACAUAAUGGGACUAGUGUAUGUGGCUGGAGUUAACUUUCUUCUGACAUUGGUAGCUACAAUUCUAUGCACUUGUUUUGCACCUACUGCUGCUGGUCCAGGAAUACCUGAAAUAAAAGCUUAUUUGAAUGGAGUUGACACACCCAAUAUGUUUGGUGCAACAACACUGAUAGUGAAGAUAAUCGGAAGCAUCGGAGCAGUAGCCGCGGGCUUAGAUCUCGGGAAAGAAGGGCCAUUGGUGCACAUUGGUACCUGCAUAGCCUACCUACUGGGCCAAGGUGGGCCCGACAACCACCGUGUAAAAUGGUGCUGGCUGAGGCACUUCAACAACGACAGAGACCGGCGUGACCUCAUCACCUGUGGCUCGUCGUGCGGUGUCUGUGCGGCUUUCCGGGCCCCAGUGGGAGGAGUCCUCUUUGCCCUCGAGGAGGUGGCCACAUGGUGGAGGAGCGCUCUCCUUUGGAGGACUUUUUUCAGCACAGCAGUUGUGGUUGUGGUGCUAAGGGCCUUCAUGGAGUACUGCAAGUCUGGGGAUUGCGGGCUGUUCGGGCAGGGAGGGUUGAUCAUGUUUGACGUGAGCGAUGUUUCCGUGAGGUAUCAUGCGGUGGAUAUUAUCCCUGUGGCUGUGAUAGGUGUGAUUGGUGGGAUGUUGGGGAGCCUUUACAACCACCUUCUCCUUAAGGUCCUCAAGGUGUACAACGUGAUCAACCAGAAGGGAAAGUUGCACAAAAUCCUCCUCAGCUUGACAGUAUCCAUCUUCACCUCCGUAUGCAUGUAUGGGCUCCCUUUCCUCGCGAGAUGCCAACCCUGUGACUCCUCCCGGCUACACUCUUCCUGCCCAACGACUGGCCAAGUAGGCAACUUCAAACAGUUCAACUGCCCGGACGGCCACUACAAUGACCUGGCCACCCUCCUCCUCACCACCAAUGACGAUGCCGUCCGCAACAUCUUCUCCGUAAACACUCCUAAAGAAUUCCAAAUCUUCUCUCUCCUCAUCUUCUUCUCUCUCUACUGCGUGUUGGGGCUCAUCACUUUCGGCAUCGCCGUCCCGUCGGGCCUCUUCCUCCCCAUUAUCUUAAUGGGCUCGGCCUACGGCCGCUUGUUGGGCAUCGUUAUGGGCCCAUACACGAGGAUCGACCAGGGCCUCUAUGCUGUGCUCGGGGCCACCUCUCUCAUGGCGGGCUCCAUGAGAAUGACCGUCUCGCUAUGUGUGAUAUUCCUUGAGCUCACCAAUAACCUCCUCCUCCUACCCAUCACAAUGUUGGUUCUACUGAUUGCUAAGACAGUGGGUGACUGUUUCAACCCGAGCAUCUACGAAAUAAUACUAAAACUGAAAGGGUUACCUUUUCUCCAUGCGCAUCCUGAGCCGUGGAUGAGGAACGUAACAGUUGGUGAGCUAGUUGAUGUAAAGCCUGCGGUUGUUAGUCUGAGUGGGGUCGAGAAAGUAAGCAGCAUUAUUGAGGUGUUAAAAAGGACAACGCACAACGGUUUUCCAGUAGUGGACGGAGGGCCGGACAGGGCUCCCAAACUGCACGGGUUGAUCUUGAGGUCACACCUUGUAUUGAUUUUGAAGAAAAAAUGGUUCCUGCAGGAAAAGAGGAGAAUGGAUGAGUGGGAAGUGAGGGAAAAGAUUAGUUCGACUGAUUUGGACGAGAGGUCAGGGAAGAUUGAGGAGGUGAGGGUGACUGGAGACGAAAUGGGGAUGUUCGUGGAUUUACAUCCCUUGACCAAUAUGACGCCGUACAGCGUGGUGGAGAACAUGUCACUGGCGAAGGCGAUGGUGCUGUUUAGGGAAAUGGGCCUCCGUCACAUGCUCGUACUGCCAAAAUAUCCAGCAGCCUGGGUGCCUCCCGUUGUGGGAAUUUUGACAAGGCAGGACUUGAGAGCACACAACAUAUUGAGUGCCUUUCCUCAACUGGGUAAGUCCACCAGAAGUGAGAAGUGA